CAAAGCUAGUCUGACUCAGAUAAAAGGCGUUUACAGUAAUAAAUUGCCAAUUAAUCUUAAAUCUGUGUUUAUUACGACUAAUUCGAAAAUGAACAAAUUACACCAUAAACAGUAUUGUUUCUAGAUCUUAUUUUAAAUUUAGUUGAUACAUAAUAAGUGAAAAUGGGAUCUAAAAUUAUGAUUGGGUUUCUGGGGUUGUCGACAGUGGUUGUGACUUUCCUGGCAACUCGUCUGUACAGAGAUCUCCUCAUAAGCUAUGAGCAGGGCUCUUCUGCCCAUGAAUAUUCUUGGUUCUUUCACCUGUUGCUAAACUUGGCCGGGUACUCAACAAUUCUGUUGCCAGGUUUUGUCAUCUACAAGUACAUACAGAAGACCAACUACUUUGACAAACUGAGCUCAUCGGGCUGUCUAUCCCGCAGCCUGUUCGCCAUAUUUGGAGACCCCGGCGAGCGCCUGCCCACGACUGAUGCGCCAAAGGUAGAAGACAGCCCGCGCCGCGAGGCGGCCGAGCUGGCGCUGUGCUUCAGUGGACUCAUGACGGCUUAUCUGGUCUGGGGGCUGCUGCAAGAGAAAAUCAUGACACAGACCUACACAAUGCCCGACGGCUCCACAGUAAAGUUCAACGACUCCCAGCUACUAGUGUUCAUCAACCGGCUUCUCGCGUUCUGCAUCGCAGUGGGCCGUCUACUCUGGACCAGGACGCCCCUGUUCCCGGUGCCGCUGUACCAGUUCUCUUACUGUUCGCUCAGUAAUAUAGUCAGCGCGUGGUGCCAGUAUGAAGCGCUCAAGUUUGUCAGCUUUCCUAUGCAGGUGCUAUCCAAAUCGUGUAAAGUGAUCCCAGUGAUGCUGAUGGGCAAGGCCGUCUCUGGCAACAAAUACGAGCUGUACGAGUACGUGACGGCCGCUAUGAUCUCAGCUGGCAUGGUGCUGUUCAUGCUGGCCAGCAAGGACGAGUAUGCAGCGGGCACCUACUCUCUCGCGUCAGGCGUGACCUUGCUCGCGCUAUACAUGUGCUGCGACAGCUUCACGUCAUCGUGGCAGGCGCGGCUGUUCGCGCGAACGCGCGCCGCGCCGCUGCACAUGGUGGGCGGCGUGAAUCUGUUCUCCGCGCUGCUUACCGCCGCCGCGCUGAUGCAGCAACCGCCUGCUACUGCUGUCAACCCGCGCUGGUCACUACUGCAGCACCCGCAGUUUGCGGCCGACGUAAUAAUGCUGUCGGUGAGCUCGGCGCUCGGCCAGCUGCUCAUCUACCGCACCAUCGCGCGGUUCGGCGCUGUAGUAUUCACUAUCAUCAUGACGCUGCGACAGGCGGUAUCCAUCCUUCUAUCAUGCCUCGUUUACGGGCACCGGCUAUCAUUCGCUGGCGUACUGGGUGUAUGCGUCGUCUUCACUGCCAUCUUCCUGCGGGUCUACUGCCGACAGCGACUCCGCCGUCGCCGUCCCGCCAGUACGUAGCGCCGCGCGAGCGACAGGGACACCACGAGCGGACGGAGAGAGAGUCAAGUGUAGUUACAUGCUUGGUUCUUGACUCGCGGGCAACGUGUUCUUAGUUUUAGCGUAUUUUAAGAAGCGUGGUGUUCAUAGCGUUAUCAUUCGGUAUGUAUAAUGCGUCGCCGUCCCGCACGAGCGACAGGGACAACAACAGUGGAUGGAGAGAGAGUCAAGUUUAGUUACAGGCUUGUUGUAGGACUUGCAAGCGCAACCUGGGCACGUGUUCCUGGUUAGC